CGAAGCUCAUCCAGAGGGUACGUGUGAAUUCGCGACUUUCCCGCGACUCAUUGCACUAAGGUAACGUGUUCGGGAAGUGUCCCGACGCGGGCUGUGUGAAAUGAAGGCUCACGGGAAGGAAGCCAGCCGAGGAGGCGGGACUUGGGAUCCCGACUGCGGGAAGGUGUCGGGUCCGCGUCCGGGAGGAUUCUCUUGGUUUUUAGCUUCGCCUGAAGCCGGACCUGAGCACAGCGAAGAGCCGCGGAGCGUGAACUCCCCACGCACCUGCAGCAGGUCUGGCCUCUGUGAUCCAGUAUGAAGUCCGGGAGGAAGUGGAUCCUGGUGGUCCUGCUGGCCUGGGUCCUCCUCUUCAUGUCCCUGCUGUGUCAAAUCCUGGACCUCAGGUCAACAACAGUGCCUCGGUCCAGGUCCGCAGCAGAGUCUGGACUCACCUGGACCGAAACCCGCCGCCUAGCCUCUGUUGUUCAAGGAGGGUCUAGGACCCCCGGCUGGUCUCUGAGACCUGCUGGACUGUCAGAGGGGGACUGGAGAAGGAGGAGGAUUGACCUCAGGUCCAGGUCUAGGGACUACUACAGGAGGCGGUCUCUGGAGGUCCUGCACAGACUGUGGACUGGGAACCUGACUGUGGGGAUGCUGAGUCCUCGUCUCCAGAAGGCCCUGAAGGUCCAGUUGAGCUCCAACAAACACCAGGUGGUGUACAGGGGACCGAAGGGGGUCCGUAGAUCUGGUCUGCAGCUGUACUGUGAUCUGAAGCGGAAGACCAGGAUCCGGACUCUGGAUGGGACCGAGGAGCCAUUCUUCGGUUUGGGCUGGGACCGGCUGGUGCCUUCACUGACCCUGCCGGAGCUGCGGAGAUCUCAGUACCAGAGCUGUGCUGUGGUGACUUCAGCUGGAGCGGUCCUGAACUCAUCACUAGGGACGGAGAUUGAUUCCCAUGAUGCAGUCCUUCGGUUCAACGCCGCCCCGACCAAAGGCUUUGAGAGGGACGUGGGCAACAAGACCACCAUCCGCAUCAUCAACUCUCAGAUUGUGGCUCGGCCCAAACAUCGGUUCAGCAGCAGCCCGCUGUAUCGGGACGUCACUCUGGUGGUUUGGGAUCCGGCUCCGUACUCCGCCAACCUCACCGAGUGGUUCGAGAAGCCGGACUUCGAUCUGUUCUCGGCGUAUGUGGAACAGCGUCGCCUCCGACCCGAGCAGCCGUUCUACAUCCUGCACCCAAAGUUCAUCUGGACUCUGUGGGACCUGAUCCAGGACAACACCGAGGACCAGAUCCAACCAAACCCCCCGUCAUCUGGGUUCAUAGGUAUCCUGCUGAUGAUGUCGCUGUGUCGUGAGGUCAGCGUGUACGAGUUCAUCCCGUCCGUACGUCGGACCGAUCUGUGUCAUUACCACGAGCGUUACUUCGACGCCGCCUGCACCUUAGGAGCCUACCACCCUCUGCUGUACGAGAAACUCCUGAUCCAGAGGAUCAACGAGGGAAACGAAGACGAGCUGAGGAGGAAGGGCAAGGUCACCCUGAGGGGGUUCAGCUCUGUCGACUGUGGGACGUGAUCUGGGUCUGACAGACCCACGCGUGUCUGGCGUUGACUGGUUUUAAUGGUUUUUCUCUCAGAUGCAGUAAAGCUGCCUCUCGCUGCCUUCAGGAGCGGCUUGGAGAUUUAAUCUCCCACACCAAGAUAAACGCGAGUCCGGUUUCCAUCCACCGCUGGUGCAGCUAAAUGCUGUUAAACAGAAUGUUACUGACCAACUAUUUUGAUAAUCAAUUAAUCAAGUGGAUAUUUUAAGUAAAAAAAACUUGGGUCAUAUUUUUGAUACAGACUCUUAACUCUGACAUAGCUCUAAGAUUUGGAGAAGUCAGUUUGAAACAGAUUGACGUUUUAAAGAAAAUCCCAUAAAUCUGACUGUGUCUCAGUGACCCUCAUGAUUUAAAUGGUCAUUUUCAUCAGAAUUUAGACUUUUGAGAAAUGUCAUAGUUUAGACAUAAUAAAGCUCACAAUGCUGACGUCA